GUGGCAAUCUACCUGGGAAGUACUACCUCCAACAGUUUCAUUUGCACUGGGGUGACAAUGACAAUAUAGGAAGUGAGAACACUGUCGAUGGAAGACAUUAUUCAGCAGAGGUGCAUUUUGUUCAUUUUAUGGAAGGUCUUCAUAAUAUGUCAGAAGCUGCAAAAACUCCACACGGCAUCGCAG